AUGGGCCUCAUCACCGCAUCCCUGCACAGCGCAAGCGAAGAGCUCGCCAAGCGACAGUACUACCCAUACGGCUACGGCAACACACGCUACUACGGCAACAGCGCCUGGUACUCUUAUGGUCGAUGGAUCCUAGUUGGCGUCUUGGUAGGCUUAGCCGUACUCUGCUGGGUCUUCAUCUGCUGCUGCAACAGACGCCGCACUCGCGGCGGUAUGCGUCCCUACAAAUAUACAGCCUGGGCAACACCUGGCUUCCAGCACCCUCAGCAGUCUGGCACCACGCAGGCUACCCAGCCGCAGAACUACAACAGCGGUACCACUGGGUAUGCGCAACAGCCGAUGCAGCAGCAGCAGCCAAUGCAAGGAGGGCCGCAUGAUUACGAGUACCAGCAGCAUCUUGCCAGCCAGCAGCAGCAGCAAACUGGAGGAGCCGCCAACAGCUACUACAAUGCACCGGGCACUGCUCCACCUACAUACCCACAGCCAGCAUACCCUGCUGUUGGAGGCCGCGAGAAGUAG